AUGAGUCCGAAGAAGGAAAUUACAACUACCUCUUCCAAAAAUCCUAGAAAGCCAAGAAAUCCCCAGACAAGGAAUCGGCUCCCGAAACUAACGAAGAAUGAGUUGAGCAGUAUGAUGUGUAUCCGAGUAACAAAAGAGGGUCUUCGACUCAAGGAACCAGAGAUUACUUUCCCUUUCACAAUGUCGCUGAAUAAAAAAAAUCAAGACACAGUAUCUGAACAGCCGACAGAAAAUCCGAUAUCCCCGUCCAGGGUUAGUAAAAAUAAUUGUCAGGAAAAAAUUGAGACGAAGAAAAGUAAUGAAUCCUUCAAUUCCUCUGAUGCGAAAAAUUUGACAAGAAUUGGUUACUGCCUCUAG